UGCUUUUAUGCAAAAAAAAAAAAAAAAAAAUAAAAAAAAAAAAAAACAUUGACUAGCACAAACAUUAGAUUAGCACAAACUGAAUAGUACUGAAUGAGAAAAUAACACGUAAGCCUUCUUAGCAUAGGAAUUGUUCAAUUGUAAUGUGAAUAAACCAUAUUUGUGCAAAACCAAAGUUCAAAAUGUGUAUAUUGUCGAUCAAUGUGUAUGUUGUUGUUGCGAGCAUUUGUUUACUUGCCGUGACAGUGGUUUCUUUGAAUUCUUUGGAUGCAAAAGAGCAAAAGGAGAAGGCCACAAGACUGCCGCCUUGUAAAGCCUGUACUGCUUUGGUGGAUUCAUUUAAAUUGGGAUUGGAGAGGACUAGUCGCGGCAAACAUGCCGGCGGUGAUGCCGCAUGGGAAGAAGAAAAAUUACGAUCUUAUAAGACCAGUGAAGUUCGUUUUGUGGAAAUUCAAGAAAAUUUAUGCCAAGAAAAAAAACGCGGUCAAGAUCAAUGCCAUAGUAUGGCAAAUGAUUACGAGCCCUUGCUGGAGGAAUGGUUUACACAAAAGCAAGCAGAAGCCGAUUUGCAAGAUUGGUUGUGCAUACAAAAAUUACAAUUGUGUUGCCCCCCUGGACAUUAUGGUAGCGAUUGCAAACGUUGUAGCGACUGCCAAGGUAAUGGAAAAUGCAAAGGUGACGGCACACGCAAGGGCAAUGGUCAAUGUGCUUGCGACGCCGGCUAUGCAGGCGGUAAUUGCAACGAAUGCAACAAAGGGUAUUAUGAGGCCUUUCGUGAUAAUAAAAAGCUGUUGUGCUCAGAAUGCCAUAAAGCCUGCACAAAAAUGGAGGGUUGCACUGGAGCGGGACCAAAAGCCUGCUCUAAAUGCAAUGAAGGUUGGCGAUGGUUUGAGGCUCAUGGUUGUCAAGAUGUCAAUGAAUGCAUUGAUAUACCUCGUGUUUGUCGUCCCAAUCAGUUUUGUGUUAACAAUGACGGCUCUUACACCUGUCUGGAAUGUGAUCGUUCAUGUGACGGCUGCGAAGGUGAUGGUCCCGACAUGUGUAAACAAUGUGCCAACGGAUAUGCGCUUAAAGAAGGCAAAUGUCAAGAUGAAUCGUCUGAACAACGGGACAAAUAUGUUAAUAUCACUCGCUUUCUUACUUAUUUCGGCCUAUGCGUGGCCACUUGUGUUAUCUUUCAAAGUUCUACACACAUUGCUUAUAUAGUCGGCGCCGCAGUUGCCAUUUAUAUAGCUGCUUCAGAAUAUUGGUUAAGUUCCAAUCCUCAGGCUGCCAAUAAGCCGCAACUUGAUACCAAACAACUAGAAGAAAUGAUUAUGAAAUCAUUGUAAUGCAGAUAAUUUCAAUUGAAAAUCUUCAUAAUAUAACAAAUAUCAAAGAAGAAAUUAUUAUUAAAAGAAAAUGUGAAAGAAAUGCAAGAAUGCAGGAAUGCAAAUAUUCCCGUUGCUUUUUAAGUUGUAAAUUUAUUCUGUGAAUAAAUCGGCGAGACCGCGAAGUCCGUAAAAUCUGCAAAACGGUCUACACUACACUGCUUAUAAAUAAGUUAAACAUUUUUAAUAAAACUGGUUGUAUAUUAUUUCUAUGUGUUAGUUUAACAACGAAUGUAUAAAAAACUGUUAUGAUUCCUUUUUGUUUC